UCGCCGACAGCAUCGCUUUACUUUUCUAAGCUGCGUCAGGCUUCUUGAGUUAUUCAACGACACGUCCUGGUGGCUCGAGUUAAAUAAAAACUAGAAAAAAGAGAAUUCAUCGGACGGGGGGCGGCGCGGUGCUCGGGAGAUUCUGUCCCGUGUGAUGCUGGACCGAGUGAGGAGAAAACUUGCCAUUUUUUAGUGCCAAUAAUGAGGUGAUUUUUCUGCCUUCUUCGCAUGUGUGUGUGUGCGCGCGCGCGUGUGCGUUGGUGCUCGAAAACUUAAAGGAUUAAGGAUUGACCUAUGAGUUGAUGAAGAUGCGGCUCGUGUUGCUGUUCCUGGUGACCACCUGCGCCCUGUCCCGGGCCCAGGUGAUCAACAGAGCGCCGCAUUUCAUCCAGAACGGAGACAUGGCGAGGCUGGCCGUCCCGGAGAGCACUCCGCCGGGUUCGCCGGUUUACACGCUCCGGGGGGAGGACCCCGAGGGUUCCCGGCUGCACUACUCGAUCAGCGGUGAAUAUUUCACCGUUAACCGGGACACCGGAUUAGUAGUUUUGCGGCGGCCGCUCGACCGAGAAACGCAGGAUCUGAUCGAGGUCAUUAUCAGUAUAACCGACGAAGGAAUCGCCGGUUCCGAGCCCAACACCGUUUCCCUGAGGAGAGAAAUCGCUGUCCUCGACGAGAACGACAAUCCUCCGGUUUAUCACGGUCGUCCGUACGCCACCAGAGUCCCGGAAAGCGCCAAGAUCGGAGGCCUCCUCUUGCCCGAGGGGACGAUCGUCGUGACCGAUCUCGAUGGCGGCGUGAACGCCGACAUCGACGUCAAAUGCGUUUCCACCUCGCAGGACGACGACACUUGCUCGACUUUCGAUGUUGCCACCGAACAGAUCGCCGAAGGAAAAUACGACGUGAGAAUCAGCAUUGCUCAGCCUCUCAAUUACGAGAGGAGAAACUCUUACUUGAUCAGCCUGUUGGCCGUCGAUGGAGCGAUCGAUCCGGGCAAGAGACUUCAGGCCCGGGCGACCGUCGCCGUCGACGUUCUCGACGUCCAGGACCAGCCACCGAGUUUUUUGAACGCUCCGUACAGCGCGGCGAUAGCAGAAAAUACGCCGAAGGGUCACACGGUCCUGACGGUGAGAGCGCGCGACGGGGACACCGGUGAGUCGAGACCCCUGCUGUUGAGUCUCGAGGACGAGGAUCUCGGGCAUUUCGAGCUCGUCACGUCCCGCGACGGCGACAUUGCGAUCGGCACCCUGGUAACGAGCGACGUCCCGCUGGACCGCGAAAAUUCUCGGAUUCUUCGGGACGGUGGAAUUUACAGUUUCCGGGUGCGGGCGACGGAGCUAAUAAACGAGGAAAUCCCAGCGGACACGGAAACUUCGAUCGUGACGAUCGUCAUCACCGACGUCGACGACUUGUCCCCGAGGUUCAACGAGAAGUACUUCAACAUCAAAGUCUUCGAGGACAUCGGCGUCGACACUCCCCUCCCGGGACUCAACAUGGUCGUCAGCGACGAGGACGUCGGCGAGAACGCCAGAUUCGUUCUCGCCCUCAGAGACUCUCCAAACUACCCAGGAAUCAGCGGAGCCUUCACCGUCAGCCCGGAAAACGGUCAAGGUCGCGUGCCCGUUGUCAUCAGGGCCAAGGACACGAGCGUGUUGGAUUACGACGUCGAGGACCCUGCCAAGAGGGAGCUGGAGUUCGACGUCGUGGCUCUCGUCGGUGGGAGAGAAGCUGCUUCCUCGAGAGUCCACGUCAAGUUGAUGGACGCGAACGACCACGCCCCGGAGUUUUCACAAGCGGUUUACAAGCUGUCGAUCCCCGAGGACGCGGAGCCGGGUACGAACUUCGGGAACAUCGUCGCCGAGGACUCGGACAGCGGAGCCUUCGGUCGGCUGACGUACACGCUCCGAGGUUUCGGAGCCGACAAGUUCCGCACGGACGCGAAAAACGGGGGAAUAUCGUUGGCGAAGCGACUCGAUUACGAGACCCAGAAAUCCUACUCGCUGACGAUGGAGGCGAAGGACGGCGGCGGCAGAGUUUCCACGGUCAACAUCCUCAUCGAGCUCGAGGACGUCAACGACAACGUGCCGAUAUUCGAGCAGCAAGAGUACUCGCGGACGGUGCGCGAAGGCAGCACGAGCUUCGACCCCCAAAUGUUCGUGCGAGCCACCGACAUUGACGGCCCGAGUCACGCAAACGGGAAAGUCACUUAUUCGAUCAUUCGGCAAAACGGCCUGACCGACGACGUCUUCAAGGUCAAUCCCGACAGCGGCGAAGUGACGAUGCUCCGACCCGCGAGGUCCGGCGACACCGAACGGGGCCUCUACGAGCUCGAAAUCCGCGCCACCGACGCUGGAGUACCGGCUCUCUACUCGGACGCCAAACUCAUCAUCCGCGUCGGCGUGCCCGGCAACCAGAAACCCGUUUUCAGGGGCAACUACAAAGCGACUUCACCCGGUCCGAACGCGUACCGAGCAAGACUCCUGGAAAACGCUACUCCCGGCACGGAGGUCAUCAAGGUCGUCGCCAACGAUCCCGACGGAAGGGACAGCCUCUUGCAGUACUACAUCGCAUCCGGCGCCAAGGACAACUUCGUCAUCGACUCGAGUUCGGGAAUCAUGACCGUUUCCCCGGACGCCCGCCUCGACCUGGAGACCGGAGGCGACAAGUACGAGGUCAUAGUUUACGCGGUCGACUCCGGGAGCCCCGUCAGAGAAACUGCGACGACCACGGUCACCGUCAGCAUUCUCGACGUCAACAACAAACCGCCGGUCUUCAAGAAACCAACGUACCUCGUUUACGUUUCCGAAAGAGCAGCGAUCGGUGAAUCCGUGCUGAAGGUCGCCGCAACGGAUCCGGACUCGGAUUCGAAAAUCGAGUAUUCCCUGAUCGAGCCCAUCAAAGCGGUCGACAAGACGGGCGUGGCCCUCAAGAGCACGACGCCGUACGACUACAAAACGGCCUUCCGGAUCAACUCGACGACGGGAGCGAUAACGGUGAACCGAGUGCUCGAUUAUCAGAUCGCGGCGGUCGUCAUACUGACGGUGCGAGCCAGGGACCUUAACGGGUUCGUCGAGGAGGAAAAGCAGUUUGCCGACGUCGAGGUAACGAUUUACAUCCAGGCGUACAGCGACGACAACCCGAGUUUCACGAAUCCCGGUUGGUCGCCGAACAAUCCAACGAUCCGGGUGGUCGUGCCGGAGGAACAACCGCUCGGGACGACUCUGAUAAUGCUCGCCGCGAAAGAGCCCGUCACCGGGUGGCCCGUCCAACGAUUCGAGCUCGUUCGGAGCCUCGAGGACGACGGGGACGGGGACGAGAGCUACGUCAACGUUGGAGUUCAGAGUGGCAACGUCGUGCUCAGCAAGAGACUCGAUUACGAGACCUUGAACGAGAAGUCCAUCCGCUUCAAAGUCCGCGCCCUGGCGCGCGACUACGACAUCACGCGAAAAAUGUCCGAAGCGAUUGUGAUCGUCGAGGUUCAAGACGCGAACGACAACAGCCCGAUCUUCGCUCAUCCCGACUACAAAAUAUCGGUCCUCGAGUCAUCGAAGCCUUCGAAAAUAGUUUUGAACGUAAGAGCCACGGACGCUGACAGUUCGAACACGGAACAUGAAAUGAAGCGAGGCUACGGCAUAGUGAGGUACUCGCUGACCGGUGAAAACGCGAAUCUCUUCGAGAUCGAUCCGGUAAGCGGGAAUAUAGAGAUCGGCGAGAACGUCACUCUCGAUCGAGAGAGACAAUCCGUGCUGAGGUUCUAUGUCGUCGCUUCGGACAUGCCGCAAGGCGGUGCCGAGCAGAGGACCACGAGGGCCCUCGUCACCGUCGACGUCCUCGACGUCAACGACAACGCGCCCAGCUUCCCACAGGAUUCCUACACCGCCGUAAUCCCGGAGAACGCGCCGAAAGGCGUGAGCGUGGUGAACAUCACGGCUACCGAUCCGGACGAGGGCAAAGGCGGGAUCGUUCAUUUCGACAUAAUCGACGAGGGCGAGGCCAACGGACUGUUCACGAUAAACCACGAAACCGGGGAGAUAUCCUCGGCGAAGAAGCUCACCGGAAAGGGUCGCACGGAACCUUACAACAUGAGGGUGAGAGCUCAGGAUUCCGGGAGCCCGAGUCUCUACGAGGACGUGCUGCUGAGCCUGUACAUCGGCGACGUGGUCAGCAACGACGGGGUGCCACUCUUCAUCCGUCCGACGCUCGAGGAGAUCGCUCACGUGUCGGAGAACUCGACGAUCGGCAGCCCCGUCUUCCAGGUCGUUGCGUCCGACCCGGACGACCCGAACUUGCCCAACGGUCGUAUCACCUUCAAGUUCCUUGAGGACGGUAACUUCGGAAACGACGCGAGCGCCUUUAGAAUCAACGGGGAGACGGGUUUGAUAACGACGAGGAAGCUGCUCGAUCGCGAGGUCAAGGACAGCUACACGCUCGUCCUCGUGGCCCAAGACCUGGGCGAGCCGGCGCAGCAGGCGACCCGAGUCCUCCAGGUUAUCGUCAACGACAUCGACGACCACAAACCCCACUUCAAACGCAACUUGGACAGCGCUCCGAUCGAGCUCAGCGUCCUCGAGGAAGUGCCGCUCGGCACCAAGGUCGGCGUCAUCGAAGCCGUCGACGAGGACAUCAACGAAAACGGGAUGAUCGAUUACGCCAUCAUUUACGGCAGCGAGCCCGGCCUCUUCGCCAUCGAACGCCUCGACAACAACUCAGCGAUCGUCAGGACCGCCGGACGCUUGGAUCGGGAAAGCAGCGAUCGCCACUUGCUCACGGUCAAGUGCUUCAAGUAUCCGAUGAGCAAAUCCGAAGUCGUACCGAAACCCUACAAUCGGCAGGACCCUUCGGAGCGACAAGUCCUCGUGAGGGUCCUCGACAUCGACGACAAUAAGCCAAAGUUCCGCAAGGCCAACAUCACCCUCGGCGUCAGGCUGAACGUCCCCAUCGACACGAGCCUCAUCACCCUCGAGGCUUACGACGAGGACGCCGAUUCCCUGCCGAUAAACUACCUCAUGGGCAACGUCUCCUUCACCUCGCUCGGAGAGCCUUCGAUGUCGAAACGAGAAAUUCGAUCUUAUUUAGCCCUCAAUCCCGAGACCGGAGAGCUCCGGACGACCGGAUCGUUGGCCGCGUACGCCGACGGCUUCAUGAAAAUACCGAUAACAGCCAACAAUUCCAAAGACCCUGAGCGAAGGACGAACCUGACCCUCAGAAUUUUCCUCCUCCGCGACAGGGACAUGCUUAAAUUUGUUUUCUCCAAACCCCCCGUCGAAGUUCGUAAAAUUCUCGAGGACUUCGAGAUCGCCCUCCAACAAGCUCUCUCCUUGCCCAUUUCCGUCAACGUCUACGACACGCAAUUCUACUCGAAGGACGACAACUCCCUCGACUUCUCAUCCACGAGCUCCUGCUUCCAGAUGGUCGGACGCGAAGCCUACGAUCUCGAAGAAAUGAAAGCUCUUUUGCGGGACCCGAAGAACGAGGAACUCAAAAAAGUCUAUGACAAGUAUCACGUCGAAAAGGUUCAACAUUGCGCCGCCGUCGUCGCACGCGCCGAUGCAUCCGUCACCCAAAUGUGGGUCCUCGCGAUCGCUGCUCUCGUCGGCGUCGCCACGCUCGUCUCCAGUUGUGCAUUGUGCUGCAUGCACUCCAAGUACAAGAAACAAGUGAAGCACGCUCGUCUCCGAGAGCAAACGAGGCCCCCGCUGAGCUUCGUGUCUUCUGGCCCAGGCAUGGUCAACGCCCAAUCGCACACGACGCUCGGAUCCCUCGGGCCUGGAACCAUGGUGACCUUGGGACCUCACGAAGGCCCCUACGAAUGGGGAGCCGACACGACGCUCUACCAUCCGAGCACCCUGUCGAGAGGGUAAACCCGGAACAACCGGGCAAUGAUGCCCGGUUGUUCCGAGUGUCGAAUGGCUGGAAGUGAUUCUCCAAGAAAAUCAUUUCCAGUGAUUUUUUCCCCGGGGCUCAUAAGAGUAAUAAUUAGAUUCCUAAAACUGGAAUUCUUGGUGCUGAGUGUUGAAAGUUUUGUGUUAUUCACGAACAGUGAUUCCGGAUCGAGUGAAUUGCGCAAUCGAUAUUCUUCUCUGGACGUUUCUCGAUGUCAACGAGAUCGUCAUUGAACGCGGCUGCUCUUUCGAAACGGAUAGUGAGCGAGCACACGAUUCGAUGGAACGAGGCUGGAGAGGGAGUGCUUUUGUAUCAUAAAUUGUAUUUAAGUAUCGUGGAAUAAAGACGCAUGUACAUUUUACAA